ACUUCACCUCAUUCUCAUUCUCAUUCUCUUUUCUUCUCAUUCUUAAAACACAAUCUCAUUUCCUUAACUUCUUCAAUCAUAACACAAACAAAAAUGCAUAACAUUAGUCUAAACAUGCCACCAAUGUCUCAAACAUUCGACCCCGAAGACAUUCUCAAAAACCGUUGCAUAUUAGUGAAUGGACCUGUUAUAGUUGGAGCUGGUCCAUCAGGCUUAGCAGUUGCAGCUUGUUUGAAAGACCAAAAUGUUCCUUUUGUCGUCCUCGAACGAGCUAACUGCAUUGCCUCGCUUUGGCAGAAUCGAACCUACGAUCGUCUUAAACUUCAUCUUCCUAAACAAUUGUGUCAACUACCCAAUUUUCCAUUCCCUGAUCACUUCCCUGAAUACCCUUCAAAAUUUCAGUUCAUAAGUUACCUCGAAUCAUAUGCGAAAAACUUUAACAUAACACCAAAUUUCAAUGAAACAGUGCUUUCUGCUAAGUAUGAUGAAACCUUUGGUCUUUGGAGGAUUAAGAGCAAUAGGAUAAAAAGUGAUAAAGUUGUUGAAGUUGAGUAUAUUUGUAGGUGGCUUGUGGUUGCUACCGGUGAAAACUCGGAGAAAGUUGUGCCGGAAUUUGAAGGUUUGAGUGAUUUUGGUGGAAAUGUUAUGCAUGCUUGUGACUAUAAAUCUGGUGUGAAUUAUAGUGGAAAAAAUGUUCUUGUUGUUGGAUGUGGAAAUUCUGGCAUGGAAGUUUCUCUUGAUCUUUGUAACCAUAAUGCAAAUCCAUCAAUGGUUGUUCGAAGUUCGGUUCAUGUGUUACCGAGGGAAAUAUUCGGAAAAUCAACUUAUGAGGUAGCUGUUAUGUUGAUGAAAAGGUUACCAAUUUGGAUGGUCGAUAAGAUAUUGCUUGGUCUAACUCGUGUGAUUUUGGGAAAUGUCGAAAAGUAUGGUCUAAAAAGGCCAUGUAUGGGACCUUUAGAGCUUAAGAACACUUCCGGGAAGACACCGGUUUUAGAUAUCGGAGCACUUGAGAAAGUUAGAUCUGGUGAAAUUAAAGUUGUUUCUGGAAUAAAGAGAUUUUCACAAGGGAAAGUUGAACUUGUUGAUGGAAAAGUUCUUGAUAUUGAUUCUGUUGUUCUUGCUACUGGCUAUAGAAGCAAUGUACCAUCUUGGCUUAAGGAGAAUGAAUUUUUUUCCAAAGAUGGAAUGCCAAAAGAUCCAUUUCCAAAUGGAUGGAAAGGAAAUGCUGGUCUAUAUGCUGUUGGAUUUACAAGGAGAGGACUCUCUGGUGCUUCAUUGGAUGCAAUUAGUGUGUCUCAAGACAUUGCUAAAAGUUGGAAAGAAGAAAAUAAACAAAGAAAGAAAACAGUGGCUGCACGUCAUAGGAGAUGCAUAUCACACUUCUAAGUGUCUGUUUGAAGUGGCGUUUGAUGAAGCAAAAUCAUAUCUGCAAACUAUUUGGUGUAAAUCUCCCGUGAUUUUAAGAAGCUAAUAAUUAAAGUUUCUGCAUUAAAGUAGUUUUUCACGGUGAUUUGCAACCGCCCAUCCAAACAGGCACUAGGAAACAUAUUUUGAGUUUGCUUAGCUUCUUUUGCUUAUGGCAGGCAAAAGAAUACUAGCACACACAAAAUAAUGUAGAAUUUCUCAAUACAAAUUAUAGUACACAAAAAAUUAGCCCUCUCCUUAAGAAAAUCCAACUGUUUGAUAAUAAUUUAGAUAUUAUUAUUUUUUUCUGUACAAAGGUUGAUGUGGCUUAUUUGAUUAAUUAUGGUUUUUUUUUUAUAAUG